CUGUACCAUACGCGCAGGGGGAAUGGGAGCCAGUUCUGAAUUUGCUGUAUUUAGAGCUACACCAGCAAGCUCAGCGAUAGUUUUUGUUUUUACAAAAUAAGCUGUUUGCUUGUGAAUUGCCAAUUUGUUUCACUCUUAGAUUUAACUCCAGUUUGAAGAGAAGGGCAAGGGGACAUUUAUUAUGUGGUCUGUUCCCAGUAUCAUCAGUUCUCUUUAGUGUUUGCCAAUGUUGGAGGUGUAGCUGGGGUCUGGCCCUGGACUAAGAUAUAGAGCAUGGCUCAAGUGAAAGUGCAGACUGCAGCCCCCUUGACUGGGCCUGGCCUGUCCCCCGUGGUGCCCCCAGCCGCCAUGCCCAGCUCAGGAGCCCUGAGUCUGCAGCAGCCCCCCUCCAUCAACGGCACAGUGCCAGUCCCGACGCCCGCCUGCCCCAGCUCAGCUGCUGGCUUUGUGGAUUCUACUGUGUCGGCAAAUCCACCAGGUCCUCCCCAGGAAAACAUGGCAAACCCCAAAGAGAAAACUCCCAUGUGUCUGGUGAAUGAGUUAGCCCGUUUCAACAGGAUCCAACCACAGUACAAGCUCCUGAAUGAACGGGGCCCUGCACACGCCAAGAUCUUCACUGUGCAGCUGACACUAGGGGAGCAGGUGUGGGAGGCCGAGGGAACCAGCAUCAAGAAGGCCCAGCACUGCACCGCCUCCAAAGCCCUGAUUGAGAGCACCCUGCCCCGGCCCCUGCCCCGCUCCCCCAAAGUCGACACCAACAGUAACCCAGAAUCUCCCCAAGGCGACCUUGUUGGGACUAGAGGCAGCAUCACUCCAACGGUCGAGCUCAACGGUCUGGCCAUGAAGAGAGGAGAGCCGGCCAUCUACAGACCUCUGGACCCCAAGCCCAUGCCCAACUACAGAGCCAACUACAACUUCAGAGGAAUGUUCAACCAGAGGUACCAUUACCCAGUGCCUAAGGUGUUUUAUGUGCAGCUGACGGUGGGAAACAACGAGUUCAUCGGCGAAGGACGGACCCGACAGGCGGCCAGACACAACGCAGCCAUGAAGGCCCUGCAGGCUCUCAGGAACCAGCCCAUUCCAGAGAGACCACCGCAAUGUCCCGAGGAGAAGAGUGAAGCAGAAGAGAACAGCGACGCCAGUAAAUCGGAGAUCAGCCUGGUCUACGAGAUCGCCCUCAAGAGAAACAUGCCAGUCAACUUCGAGGUCCUAAAAGAAAGUGGCCCCCCGCACAUGAAGAGCUUCCUGACACGGGUGACAGUUGGCGAGUUCUGUGCUGAUGGCGAGGGCAACAGCAAGAAACUCUCCAAGAAGCGGGCGGCCCUUACCAUUCUCCAAGAGCUCAAGAAACUGCCAUUCCUGCCCGUCAUAGAGAAACCUAAACUACACUAUAAGAAACGGCCCAAAACCAUAUUAAAGACGGGUCCAGAGUAUGGUCAGGGGAUGAACCCCAUCAGCCGGUUGGCUCAGAUUCAGCAGGCCAAGAAGGAGAAGGAGCCCGAGUACAUGCUGCUGUCGGAGAGGGGGAUGCCGCGUCGCCGCGAGUUCAUCAUGCAGGUGAAAGUAGGAGGGGAGAUGGCCACAGGCACAGGACCCAAUAAGAAGGUGGCCAAGAGGAACGCAGCAGAGGCCAUGCUGCUUCAGCUGGGCUACAAGGCGUCCACCCCGUUACCUACCUCCCCAGACAAGAUGGACAACAAAGGCUGGAAUGGACAAAGAGCGUCUUUCCCUGAACCCACGAAUAACACACAAAAGGGAAUCCUCCACCUCUCCCCAGACGUCUACCAGGAGAUGGAGGCCAGUCGGAACAAGGGCGGCCCCGUCUCCUCCUACCUGGGCCCCGGCACCAAGGACCCGUACUACACCGGGCCGGGCAGCACGGCGGCCAUGGCCCGCGAGCUGCUGCUCAACGGCUCGUCUUCCACGGCGGUGACGGCGAGCGAGGUCCUGGGGCCCAAGGGCAAGACACCUGCUCUGGCCCCGGCCGUAUCGGCGUCCGUGCAGCCCGCGCAGCAGCUGGAGUACUUGGCCCGCAUUCAGGGCUUCCAGGUACAAUACACCGAUGGACAAACUGGCAAAGAGUUCAUGACCUACCUUACACUAUCCCCUGUGCAGAUGACUUUCCAUGGCAUCGGGAGCUCAAUCCAAGCUAGCCACGACCAGGCUGCUCUAAGUGCCUUGAAACAGCUGUCGGAACAGGGACUAGACCCAGUGGAAGGACCAAUCAAGGUAGAAAACGGAUCAUGUGAAAUGUAUGUACAAGCUACAAGUGAAACAUCUGGCCGAGAGGACGGACACUAAACAGACUAACUCAGGCACCACCACUCAGGACUGUAAGGAUUCACAGGCCGUCGUCUAGGAGAUGACCCCUCUAUUCACCCUCCCCCAGCACCCUCUACCCCCCCCCCCCCCCCCCCCCCCCCACCUCACCUCGCUUCAAAAUGUGCCCCUUUAUCCCUUCAACCUGCUCACCGACCCGCUCACGAUCCACUCACGACGGCCGCUGCGUCCUUCCAACCGUGUCAACAUACAAUCGGGUGGAUGUGUGCUGGGAAUGGACAUGACUGGGAAGCAUUAAUCGAGUCUUAUGUGAAGACAACACUAUCCUAACACAUAUAUGGAGACAUUUUUAGCGGACACUGCAUUUAUGAGAAAAAAAAGUAAUCACGAAACAAAGCAAAGGCUAAAACAAAUGAGAGAAUGAAAGAAAAAAUGAACAAGUAGGCAAACAUGUAAUAUUGAAAUCAAUCAAUGAACCGAAUGCAUGGUACCGAUCAAGGGAAAUUUCAGUGACUAUACUCUCGAGAAUUUCCCCUGUUUUGAUAGAUGUUUUUUAUUUUCUUUUGUCUUUUGUCUUUAUUUGAAGAAAACAUAGUCAGCAAUUGGUAUGUAUGAAACGAUGCAACCAUCAUGCCAUAGUUGAGAAUGAAAUGUUACAACAGAAAAACAAAGUUGAGGGCAGUAGCAGAUUUUUUUUGAAGGUAUAUUUUCUUUUUUUUUUUGUUUUGUUCUUAAUCUAUAAAAUAACAAUGCUUGACUAUUUAAAAAUUAACCAAUGCCAGUGCUGUGAGCGUUGUAGUUGUUGUCUUCAUAUAUAGUCACCCAGCUUAACCUUUUAUGCUGACAUUCAUCUAUCUAUAUGGAUGUGUUUGACUUUGCAGAGUAACACUAAAGAGUUCCAUGUUAACAAAGCGGAAAUAAACUGGUCUUAGAGUUAAUCAGUCGCAGGGCAGUCCCCAGCAACUCAAGUGGAGUUGUCCCAAGCCAAACGGACUUGGUGCUGGCUUUCUGAGUACUGUUCUGCCCGUAAUAAUUUGAUUUCUUGGAAUAGAAUUACUGGAGAGGUCGUGGUGUACAAACGCUGGUGGGCAUUCACUCUACACUAAGGGCCAAAAAGAGACAUCCUUCAUCAUGGAAACAAGAGGACCGUGUGUGAGCACAAAAAUAGGAUUGGACUAAGAAAAAAAACCUCUCAGCUGAUCUAGUAAUUCUAUUUCAUGGCUAUGUCUUGCUCCCCAUGGUUUUGUUUAAACACAUCUACACCCAUUUUGUGUGUUGUAACCAAGGCAUCAACUGAGUGCUUUUAACGUCUGCAUCCUGAGGUUACCCUUUUGAGAAGAGAAGCAGCCGUGCUUUGUAGAGCACUGUUUCUCCUUUCAACUUGAAAUGUCAUCGAAAAGCCAAGACUACAUCUUGAAGGAUCUUGUUUGAACACAUGCUAUGAUGACAAAUAUGUGUCAGAAAACGUUACUGAAAUGCAGUAAAAUCACAUCAGUUCGUGUUGA